AAUUUGCAAGUCCUUGGACACAGCAAUCGCUGUAGGUGAAGCGGUCUCGGAAGGGACAUACUGUCAAAAUGCAGAGCUGGAACCAUCUGUACCGCACACUCGCUACGCGAGGCCAGCACCUUCCUUGCAAGCUGCAUGGAGCCACAGUCUUGUCUGCGAGAACGUAUGCUGACAAAGCAGCAAUUGAUGCUGAUGUCACAGUUGUGGGCUCUGGACCUGGAGGAUAUGUUGCCGCUAUCAAAGCAGCUCAGCUUGGGUUUAAGACAGUAUGCGUGGAAAAGAAUGCAACCCUUGGAGGGACGUGCUUAAAUGUGGGCUGUAUCCCAUCAAAGGCUUUGCUAAACAACUCAUACCUGUAUCACAUGGCACAUGGAAAAGAUUUUGAAAGCAGAGGCAUUGAAAUUCAGGGCAUCUCAUUGAACCUGGAGAAGAUGAUGGCACAGAAGAGCGGGGCGGUCAAAGCUUUGACAGGCGGGAUUGCACACUUAUUCAAACAGAACAAAGUAACUCAUGUAAAUGGCUUUGGAAUGAUAACUGGCAAGAAUCAAGUGACUGCAAAGACUGCUGAUGGAGAACAAGUCAUUAACACUAAAAACAUUCUCAUCGCUACUGGAUCAGAGGUCACACCCUUCCCAGGCAUUGAGAUUGAUGAAGACAGUGUUGUGUCAUCCACUGGUGCUUUGUCCCUCAAGAAUGUUCCUGAGGAACUUAUUGUGAUUGGAGCAGGAGUCAUUGGUGUGGAGUUGGGUUCUGUAUGGCAGAGGUUGGGUGCCAAAGUUACAGCAGUGGAAUUUCUUGGCCAUGUUGGUGGUAUGGGCAUUGACAUGGAGAUCUCUAAGAAUUUCCAGCGAAUUCUCCAAAAGCAGGGCUUGAAGUUUAAACUGAGCACCAAGGUCAUGGGUGCCACCAAAAGACCUGAUGGCAAAAUUGAUGUGGCUGUGGAAGCUGCAGCCGGUGGCAAGAAUGAGACACUCACCUGUGAUGUUCUGCUGGUCUGCAUUGGCCGUCGUCCCUUCACUGGAAACCUCGGCCUGGAGUCUGUUGGUAUUGAACUGGACAAACGUGGGAGAAUCCCUGUUAAUGGCCGCUUUCAGACCAACGUGCCCAAUAUCUAUGCCAUCGGAGAUGUAGUAGCUGGACCCAUGUUGGCUCAUAAAGCAGAGGAUGAGGGUAUCAUUUGUGUGGAGGGAAUGGCAGGAGGAGCCGUCCAUAUUGACUACAACUGUGUGCCCUCUGUUAUAUACACACAUCCUGAGGUUGCCUGGGUCGGCAAAACUGAGGAACAGCUUAAAGAGGAAGGUGUGCCAUAUAAGGUGGGCAAAUUUCCUUUCGCGGCUAACAGCAGAGCCAAGACGAAUGCUGAUACAGAUGGACUGGUAAAAAUCCUUAGCCACAAGGACACAGACAGGAUGCUGGGAGCACAUAUUCUGGGAUCGGGAGCGGGGGAGAUGAUUAAUGAGGCUGCUUUGGCUAUGGAAUAUGGUGCAUCGUGUGAGGAUGUUGCAAGAGUGUGUCACGCCCAUCCCACUGUAUCAGAGGCCUUCAGAGAAGCUAACCUUGCUGCUUCGUUUGGAAAAGCUAUCAACUUCUAGAUUUUCUUCACUCAAAAUUGUAUAUAAAUACAGUAUCUGCUGCAUUUUUUCCAAGUCCACACAGUCUGGAGUUCUUCAGUCUCUGUUUUUAUUUUUCCAGAUGUACCCUUCAUCCAUACUUGCAGAUUAACUCUGUAAAACACUUAGUCUGAUAUUUAAAUGUCCUAAUAAAGGAGUUGGAUCUAAUGUUGAACUUAA